ACAAUCGUUGAUUAAUUAAUUAGUAAAAAAAAAACAUUUAAUCGGUUUACUGGAGAAAAAAGAAACAUUUUGUUAAUUAAGUGCAAAAUAACAGUCAAAAUGCCUCCUUACAUAUUAUUUAAAAAUUACCUCCGGAUUUAAUCAGGUAACUUUCACAAAUAACAGGAAGACGUUGCUCAUACAUAAUUUAAUACACGUGCCUCACAUUAUUACUAUUAUUAUUUUACAUCCGGCAUACGCUACAAUAAGAUUUCUCGCAGCGUUAUGUCGCCAUCAUGUGGACGAACUUUGAAUGACAUCCCAAAUAAAUGACAUCACAUUUUAAAUCAAAAGGGAACAUUUGAACGAGUGGACAUAUAUUUUAAUUAAAUUAAACAAGUUCAUAGUACCUUAUUGAAUAAACGAGAUUUUUAAUUAUCCAAUAUUUAAUAACUGGUUUACAACAUACACAUAGUACGUAUAAAAUUACGAUUUUACCACCAGUGAGUACGUUUACACGCUUUGUAAAUGUAAUUAUCCCGUAAUGGAUUUUAAGAAUUAUUAUUAAUAUAAUCACGGAAGAUACCGUAAAUAUUGUGACGUGACUGAGCUGGAGAUAUCAAGGUUUUACGGUAGCAUAAUAUUUAAUGAUUGUUUAUUUUCAAUUCCCUUUCAAAUUGUGCAUUUUGAGGUAGUCCCAAUGAUCAUUUCAUUAGGUACACCUGCGCAGCGCCUUCAAAAAUUGAAAUCAUAUCGUGACACUUUUGAUCAACACUUGUCAAGCCAAUAACGAUUUACGAUACAGUAAUCGUUAGACAUUUGGUGGGUUGUAAAUUUGAAUUUUUUUAAAUUAUAUGUAUUGGUCAUGUAGCGGUCAAAAAUAAAAUAUACAUUUUUUUUAAAUAAUUGUUUACUGCUGUCCACUACAGAUACACCCCUUCCCCAUAAAAAUAAAAUAAAAUAACAUAAAAACAAAACUGUAAAACCAUUCAUUUAGCAUGUUAUUUAUCAGGCCAAAGUGCGGUGACGCAUUUCAUUCUCAUUGGAGGCCAUGUUCGAUUGAGAGGAUGUGGACGAAACCAUUUCAUCCGGACCCAAAAAAAAAAAAAAAAAAAAAAGAAUCUAACUCACUCAACAUGAGGCGGAACCUUUUUUCGACCUCGCCAACGUCAUAUCGGCCAAUCCGUGCGAAUUAGACGGCGAGAUGACAAAUGCGCCUAAUUUCUAUCCGGGAUUAUCUUCGAUAUCACUCUGGGAGGGGGGUGGGGGUCCCCCAUUAUGGGUGCGAUGAUGCAAUCCUGCUAAUAAAAACCCGCUGACGACAACGACACGGGGAAUAAUGGACACCUGCGACGGGAUUCUAACAUUAAAAAAUGACAAUCCGCUCUGAUUUACCGCCACCUUUGUAGUUUAGCGCGUAUAUCUAAAAAAAUAAUACUCAUAAAAUCGUAAAGCAGCCAUGAUUUUUGCGCUGUGGCCGCUGCUGAUGAUUCUCGCCGGCGGAUGGCGGGGGGUCGCGCCGAGCCCGACCGACGAGGGAGCGCUGCGGGCCGGCCACGGGGAACACGGAGAGCCGGGCCACCGGGAGCGCCACAAGGACUCGUACAGCACCUUCGCGUCCGAGUUCUUCGAGUCCAGAUAUCUGUCUGAUGACGGUUAUCCUUUUCCCACCGCCCCACCAGUGGACCCCUUUGCCAGGAUCAAGGUCAGCGACUGCGGCGUGACCAAAGGGUGCAUCAGGUACGGAAAGCCCGGGUGCGACGCGGAGACGUGCGACUACUUCUUGAGUUACCGUCGCAUCGGGAUGGACGUGGAGUACGAGAUGAGCGCCGACACCGACGGCUGGGUGGCCGUCGGCUUCUCCUCUGACAAGAAAAUGGGAGGCGACGACGUCAUGGGCUGCGUCCACGACGACAACGGCCGCGUGCGCAUCCACCACUUCUACAACGUCGGCCAGUGGGCGAAGGAGAUCAAGAGGAACCCGGCGAGGGACGAGGAGGGCAUCUUCGAGAACAACCGCGUGACCUGCCGCUUCAAGCGCCCGCUCUACGUGCCGCGGGAGGAGACGCUAGUGGACCUCCACCUGUCCUGGUACUACCUGUUUGCCUGGGGCCCCGCCAUACAAGGCUCCAUCACUAGACACGACAUCGACAGUCCUCCGGUGAGCGAGCGCAUGGUCAGUAUUUACAAAUACGAGGACAUCUUCAUGCCUUCCACGGCCUACCAGACCUUCAACUCGCCCCUCUGCCUGCUGCUCAUCGUGGCCCUCACCUUCUACUUGCUGAUGGGAACGCCGUGA